AUGUGGACUGGGGUGAUUAUCCUUGGUCUCUGCUUAGCGAUACUUAUAUACUUCAUAACUAAAUUGAAAGAUGCAUAUGAAAACUUUUGAAAAUUCAUCAAAAAAUCUGUCAUUUCAAGCUAUACUCUUCUUAGCCAAGCUGCUUAUGAUAGGCUUAGAUGAACCCACGGAAUUAAGAUAAGCAAGAAAAGAUAUUCCAACCACCAGAAACACAAAGCUAUUAUAUAA